CUCGCAAUUACCUGUUCCACCAGAACUGACGUGAGCGCGAGUUGCCGAGCACGUUGCCACGUUGGGAGAAGAGCCAAAACUGACCUGAAGUACCUUUCCGGGUUCGCGAGGACCGUUUACAUUUAAUCCACCUCUGAUAAGAAAAGACAAAAAAAAAAAAAGAAACUCAGCCAGGUGGGCUUUAACGAACCUCUGAAACAACCAGAACCGACAGAGGAUCUGACAGACCGGCAAGGAUGCACUUGUUGUCCGCCAGCUGCGUGUGCGCCCUCCUCAUCGCCGCGCUCCUCCCGAGCCGAGUCAGCGGUUUGGAGACUGUUAUCGGCCUGUAUGGGGAAACACUCGAGAUCCCGUGCAACAAUGGGGCCAUAAAAGCAGAAGACGUCCUCAUCACUAAAUGGAAAUAUGACAAAGGAGAGGGACUUCCAGGAGACCUGCUGGUCAAGCAGAAAAACCAGAAUGUCUCAAUCAGCGCCACUGAUGAAUACAAGGGCCGCGUGAGCAUGGCGGCAAACUCCAGCCUGCUGCUUUCUGCAGCCAAGCUGGCCGACCAGCGGACUUUCACCUGCAUGGUGGUGACCGGUGCAGACAUCACAGAAUAUCCAGUUAAUGUGGUGAUCUACAAGAUGCCAGCCAGCCUGGAGAUCUCUGACAAAGCGGAUGAACUAGAGAUUGGCAGACUUACCGAGCUAGGAACAUGUGUUGCACAGGAAGCAAAUCCAGCUGUAAACAUCACAUGGUCAAAGAACAAUAAACUUCUGGUGGCUGAUGGGAAAGGGGUUUCCAUCCAGGCCUCGGUGCUGGUAGACCCCGUCACUGGCCUCUCAACCACUUCCUCUAUACUGGAGUACUCGGCCGAGAAGGAAGACACGGACGCCAAAUUCACCUGCAGCACUCAGCACAUCGUGGGCGCAGAGCUGGUUUCCUCUCCAGUGACCUUCACAAUCACCUACUCCACAGAGAACAUCGUCCUUCAGGCCAUUGCUCAGGACCCUCUAGUUGAAGGAGACAAUGUGACUCUGAAGUGUGUUGCAGAUGGAAACCCGGCUCCUACCAGCUUUAACUUCCACCUUAAGGGAGAAUUGGUGAAAGUGGAAAACGCAGAUACUUACACCAUCACGAAUGUCUCGCGUGACACCACUGGUGAAUACAAAUGCUCUCUCAUUGACAACCCCACGCUGGAAGCAUCUGAGGACAUCACAGUCAACUACCUAGACAUCAAUUUAAACCCCUCUGGGAAUAUUAUCAAGAGUGCUGGUGAGGCCUUAGAUUUAACUUUCCAGAUUGAUGCUUCUGGAGAAUCAAAGGUCUCCUGGACAAAGGAUAAUGUUAAACUGGACAAAGAGCCCAAGUUUACCAAGCUGACUUACUUGGACUCUGGCCGCUAUGAGUGCAAGGUGACGAUGGGGCUCCUCAGCCGAAAAGCUUCUUUCGAGCUGCUUGUUGAAGGUGCUCCAGUAAUCAGACAGCUGUCCAAGCAGCGCGGUGAAGAUGGCCAACAUAAAGUCUUGAUUUGUGAAGCUGAAGGUUCCCCGAAGCCAGCUGUGUCCUGGAGCAUCAAUGGCACCUCGCCUGAGGAGAGUCCCUACAUCAAUGGGAAGAUAACACACAAGAUCACAGUUGUGCCCUCUGCAAAUCUAACUGUCUCUUGUACAGUGACCAAUGAGUUUGGCAUGGAUACCAAAGCUAUAAAUGUGUCAUCCUUAUUUGUGGAGGUGAGAGUGGAUAAACAAGACCAAUUGGAGGAUAGUGACCAAACCAAAUUGGUGGUUGGAGUUGUAGUCGGUCUGCUUGUCGCCACUAUGGUUAUAGGCCUGGCAUACUGGGUCUACAUGAAGAAAUCCAAGCAAGGCAGCUGGAAGACUGGUGAAAAGGAGAACGGGUCUUCUGAGGAGGAGAAAAAACUGGAGGAGAAAGUGGAGGAGAACAGCCAAAAAGCUGAGGUGUAAAGAAACAGCAAACAUCCUUUCGGAAUGUGAAAGUGAGAACAUGGAACUUUUGCACAUUUCUCUUCACCUCUGUCUUUAGGGAAAAAAAAAAAAAAA